GCGGCCAGCGGCUGGGGGAGCGAAAUGGACCCCCAAUCAAUAGAGUCAUUAUCACCAGUCUAGUGCAACGAUUCGCGGUGAGAUGUUCGACCCGACCGAUCAUCAACAUCGGCGCUUCAAUCCGCUUAGCGGACAGUGGGUGCUGGUGAGUCCGCAUCGUAUGAAACGACCUUGGUCAGGUCAGGAGGAAACGCCACAGCGGAACGAUCUACCGGCGUUCGAUCCAACGAACCCGCUCUGUCCGGGUGUGACGCGUGCGAGUGGAAUCAAAAAUCCCAUCUACCGGUCGACGCACGUUUUCACGAAUGAUUUCCCGGCCCUGCUGGAGGACGUGCCCGAGCCACCGGCUAGCGAUGAUCCGCUGUUUCAGGUAGCACCGGCCCGCGGUACCUGCCGGGUGAUGUGCUUUCAUCCAAAGUCGAACAAAACCCUUCCAGUGAUGGCACCGAAGGAGAUACGGGAUGUGAUUGACGCGUGGAUAGCCGAGUAUCGGACCCUAGCGCAGCGUUACUGUUGGGUGCAGAUCUUCGAGAAUAAGGGUGCCACGAUGGGAUGCUCGAAUCCGCAUCCACACUGCCAGAUAUGGGCCUGCUCGUUCCUUCCCAAUGAGCCCCAGUUGAAGGAUCAGAAGCUGCGCGAGUACUACGCCAAACACGGCACACCACUGCUGGACGAUUACGUAAAGCAGGAGCUUAUCAAAAGGGAGCGUGUGGUGAUCGAGAAUCCGGACUGGUUGGUGGUGGUUCCGUUCUGGGCCGUUUGGCCAUUCGAAACGAUGCUUAUCUCCCGCAAUGGCAACAAACGCAUCUCCGAUUUGACGGUGCAGCAGAUCAACAAUCUUGCGAUCGUGAUCAAGGAGCUGACGAUCAAGUAUGACAAUCUCUUCAAGUGCUCCUUCCCGUACAGCAUGGGCUGGCACGGUGCACCGACGGCCGAACUGGCCCAGGUCGGGCCCGAGGCGGACCAGCACUGGACACUGCAUGCCAUCUACUUUCCACCGCUGCUGCGGUCGGCCACCGUGCGCAAGUUCAUGGUGGGUUUUGAGCUGCUCUGCCAAGCGCAGCGUGAUCUGACGGCCGAACAGGCGGCGGAAAAGCUUCGAGAGCUCUCCGGCAAGCGUCAUUAUACGGAGCAUAUCUGAGACUUCCUUUGAAAGUGCGUCCGUUCGGUCGUUCCGUUAUCUUAUCAAGGAUGAGCUCGUUCCAAUCUGCUGGUGCCCACGUCGGUGUAGAGGUGUUUUCUAUUGAUAAGAAAGUAUAGGAGAGAGAGAGAGAGGGUCAUGAUUACAUCGUCCACUGUUUCACUCCAAUAAUUGCCAAUAAAUGCUAAUGCGCAAACCUACCUAUCGCCAUG